GAGGGGGAUCAUCAUGCGCAUUUCCCGGGCACCUGGCACUUCUCCGCCCUCCUUCAGGCAGGCAUCUGACGAAGCGGACGCACCACCGCCCUUCGUUCCCUCCCAUUUAUUUCAACUUUGCAUCCCCCUCCACCACUCCAAAACCGACACGUUUGGAUCGGCCCUCGAAAGAAGGAAGCGGAAAGCCCCACCCCCCGUCCUCCCCUGCUACCAACCCAUAACAAGAAGCCGGAGCUGAAGAAACCAUCCGACCCCUCCCUAUCGCUCACUCUCUCCUCCUCAUCCACCCUGAGCACCAUUUCCUAACGGUUAAGCUCUCACAUUUCUCUUGCCGCUUGCAUCUGUCCUCUUCACAGGAGACAAAGACGAAGAGGUGCACUUUCAUCUGUUCCCCCCGUUCCCCGACCGUUCAAGCUCUUACCUUUGGCACCCCUUCGACGUCCAACCCUUCUACUUCGAUCUCCGUUUGGUGUUUUACCAUCGCUCUUUCCUUAAUUUCGUUCUCCGCCCGUUGGAAGCCUAAGGUCGAAGUUUGGAGCGCUGGGUCGUGUGAUGGUUCGGUUUCUCAAGCGGGGGCACAGCCUUAACAGGCCGGCGGAGCAAGGCAACGAGAUUGGAGACGCCUCCGGGCGUCAGGCGCACAGCCUGGUCAUGGAGAUCGCAGGUGGGAAUGAUUCGGCAGCUCAGGGAAAUAUUAGCCAGGGAGGGAGACCCGGCCGCUCGCUUGAAGGGCAGCAGAAAAUCCCCAAGUCUCGCCUGAGUAGGGAAGGUGGCUGCCGAGACGGGCCGCCUUCAGAUAUGGACCUAAUGAAGGAGAAGUUUUCAAAGCUGCUUUUGGGAGAAGAUAUGUCCGGUGGCGGAAAGGGAGUUUCAUCAGCUCUUGCUCUGUCCAAUGCCAUCACCAAUCUUGCCGCUUCUGUAUUUAGCGAGCAGCGGCGUCUGGAACCCAUGCCUGCUGAAAGGAAAGCGAGAUGGAGGAAAGAAAUUGAUUGGCUUUUAUCUGUCACUGAUCAUAUUGUGGAAUUUGUUCCUUCUCAACAGACAUCAAAGGAUGGAUCCAACAUGGAGAUUAUGAUAACUAAGCAACGCAAAGACCUUCUCAUGAACAUCCCUGCACUGGGAAAGCUUGAUGCAAUGCUCAUUGGUUAUCUUGACAACUUCAAAGACCAGAACGAGUUUUGGUACGUAUCGAAAGAUGCCGAUGAGUCGGAGAAAUCUAACGCAAAGAGAAAUGAAGACAAAUGGUGGCUUCCGAUUGUGAAAGUCCCUUCGAAUGGACUCUCUGAAGUUUCCAGAAAAUGGCUGCAGUUUCAGAAAGAAUCUAUCAACCAAGUUCUCAAGGCAGCAAUGGCAAUAAAUGCUCAGGUUCUAAUGGAAAUGGAAAUCCCUGAGGCUUACAUUGAAUCCCUCCCAAAGAAUGGAAGAGCAAGCCUUGGGGAUUCAAUUUACCGGAGCAUAACCGAUGAUGGCUUCGACCCUGAAGAAUUCCUUGAAUCGAUGGACUUGUCAACGGAGCACAAGGUCCUCGACCUUAAAAACCGAAUCGAGGCAUCCAUUAUCAUUUGGAUACGAAAGAUGCACAACAAGGACACAAAAUCAUCCUGGGGCUCAGCAGUCAGCAUGGAGAAGAGGGAGCAGUUUGAAGAGAGAGCUGAGACCAUCUUACACCUUCUCAAGCUGCGGUUCCCAGGCAUUCCGCAAUCAGCUCUUGACACAAGCAAAAUCCAAUACAGCAAAGAUGUUGGACAAUCUAUUUUGGAAAGCUACUCAAGGAUUUUAGAGAGCUUGGCUUUCACCGUGAUGUCACAGAUCGAAGAUGUACUUUAUGCUGAUUCUCUCACUCAAGAUCCAUCCCUCAAAGAUUCAAGUAGAAGGCAAUUAUUGACAGACUCCGACCUAGGAGCAGUGAAGAAACUGAACCCCGAAGAAGAGAUGGAGAAGUUGAAGGAGGCACCUAGUUCAAUGACACUAUCAGAUUUCAUGGGUUGGCAUUUCGAUCCAGAGUCUGAGACAGAAAUGAAGAAUCCAGGGAGCUUAGAAGAAGACACGUUCAGCUCACAAGACAUGAAGAAGAUGAAGAAGCCUCCUGAUGUUGUUACGACAAAGAAAUUUUCAUAUAUCGAAAAACUCGAGAACUUACGAUGCUUGAGAAGCCCAACGGCUCGUCAUUAAAGACCCUCACCAAGUACAAGAGAGGAUACCGACAUUGGUAGCAACGGAGGCAACUUGGAAUCAAGUGUAAAUAGUUCAAAAGCAUUCUAGAUCCUUGAUAGCUCCAACUGGUGAGUUG